UCUCCUACCCCCCCCCCCCUAACCCCCGACCCGGGAAGCAAGGAGACCUUACCGUCAAAACCCCGGGAUGCCAUGGGUACUCCUCUGUGGCCGCUUCUAGAAACCGAGCCACUAGAGGGUCACAGCAGGGCGGAUCAACAGGCUCCGGGCUUACCGCCCCUGCUCUCUAUGGUGCCCCGAAGUGGGCGGGGUGCAGGCCACGCUUGCUUAGGUAGAAGAGCUGCGGAGAUGUGUGCGGGGAUGGAGUGCGUCAUCAGGCUGCGCCCGCCGGUGCCCUAGUUUGGACAGGGAAGUGGAGCGUCUCCAGUCGCUUUCUGAUGAGUUCAUUGGCGGGGAAAGCGGGACCUGAGUGGCAUCUGACCCUUGAAGGCAGCUAACUUGGUAGUCUCCCCGGAGUUCUCUUGCUGACAGAAGGUUCGAGGGAUUUGUUGGCCACGUGUGCACAUUCUGAGAACAAAUCAUGUUUCAGCACUGUUUUUCAGUAUGUACUUCGUUUCAUGCCUGCUUACUUUUCUGGAAGAAUUUGUUGACCCUUGAUUGAAAAUAAGGGUUAGCACAUGCCUGUGAUCUCAGCAACCGAGAGUAAGAAGCAGGAGGGUUAUUAUUCCAAUACAGCCUGGGCUAUUGAAUUUGGCUGUCAAUAAUGGGAAGAACCUACAUUGUAGAAGAGACUGUUGGCCAGUAUCUUUCAAACAUCAAUCUCGAGGGGAAAUCUUUUGUCUCUGGUCUUUUGAUAGGACAGUGUUCUUCACAAAAGGAUUAUGUGAUUCUUGCCACUAGAACACCACCCAAAGAGGAACAGAAUGAGAACCUCAAACAUCCCAAAGCUAAGUUGGAUACUUUGGAUGAAGAAUGGGCCACAGAACAUGCCAGACAGGUAUCCAGAAUGCUCCCUGGAGGACUUGUGGUUCUUGGAAUAUUUAUUAUUACAACUUUAGAACUAGCAGAUGAUUUUCAAAAUGCCCUGCGCAGACUAAUAUUUUCUGUGGAAAAAUCUAUGAAUAGAAAAAGACUAUGGAAUGUCACAGAGGAAGAGGUCUCAGAACGAGUGAUACUUCACAUUUGUUCUUCUACAAAAAAAUUAUCUUGUCGAACUUAUGAUGUCUGUGAUCCAAAGAGUUCUUCAAGACCUGCAGACUGGAAGUAUCAAAAUAGAGUGUCUACCUCAUGGCUGUCUCUAGAGUGUACCAUUCACGUUAAUAUUCACAUCCCACUGUCGGCUACUUCUGUCAGUUAUACUCUGGAAAAAAAUACAAAGAGUGGACUUACACGCUGGGCCAAGCAAAUAGACAAUGGUGUUUAUUUGAUUAACGGACAGGUUAAAGGUGAAGAUUGUGACCUAUUAGAAGGACAGAAAAAAUCUAGAGGAAAUACUCAAGCAACUGCUCACUCUUUUGAUGUCCGAGUGCUAACACAGUUGCUCCUGAAUUCAGACCACAGAUCCACGGCCACAGUCCAGAUCUGCAGUGGUUCUGUAAACCUGCGGGGUAAUGUGAAAUGCAGAGCUUACAUCCACAGCAACAGACCCAAGGUUAAAGAUGCUGUGCAGGCUGUGAAGAGAGAUAUUUUGAACACAGUUGCUGAUCGCUGUGAAAUACUGUUUGAGGACCUGCUUUUGAAUGAAAUUCCAGAAAAAAAAAAUUAUGAACUUCCUCAGCGAGUUUUUGUUCCCCUUCCUGGAUCUGCUAUAAUGUUAUGUGAUUAUAAACUUGCUGAUGAAUCGGCUGAAGAAAUCAGAGACCAUUUUUCAGAGAUGUUAGAUCGUGAGAUUCAAAUAGAAGACUUGGAAAUUGCAGAAGAAGUAAACACAGCUUGUGUGACUUCCUCUCUGAAGAGCGAAGUGUCACCAACCGACACAGGUGACGAGCAACCAGAGCAACCAAAUAAAACUACGAUCGGAAUGAAGAUCCAGCAAAACAUAGGUGCGAUCGCUGCACUCACACUUGCGGUCCUUGCGGCGGGCGUCUCCUUUCACUACUUCAGUGACUAGGGUGAGGCCCCAAAGCUUCCCGAUCACCCAGAAACCAUUGCGGCGGGCGUCUCCUUUCACUACUUCAGUGACUAGGGUGAGGCCCCAAAGCUUCCCGAUCACCCAGAAACCAUUGCUCAACAGCCACGGAAAAUAAAGAUGGAAAUGGCCCACCGGCAUUUAAGCUAGCAACGAGUUCUGCUCUGAUGAUGUCUAUUAGAUGUGUUUCUGACUUACAUGACAUCACCAGCUGCCUGGUUUAGCCCUGCUUUUAUUAUCUGGCCCAGGUUUCCAAAAGUAAACGAUGCAUCUGAAUGGAAUUGCAUGUAGCAAAUCACUAUUUAAUUUUCAGAAGAGUCAAAAUGUGAGCUAUUUUAGAGUUUAGAUCUAUUGAAUGCCCUCACACAUUGAUCAAAAUCUUGAAACUUUGAGCAGUCAGUAGCAACCGUAGUUGAUAGGAUGAACAACUAAGUUUAUCCUAGAGGACUUUUCUAAUCUGCAUCCAGUUGCAGUAUUUUGUAGACAUCGUUCAAGUUGGAGGCAUUGAAUACUAUUUUAACAUACAAAUGGACUGUGGUUUCCUGGAUGCAGUAUGCUAUUUGCCUCAAACCAAAAACAAAGAGAAAUGUCAAUCGGAGAUGAUCUUCUAGGUAGGGCAGUUAGUGUUCAGUAGCGCUCACCUUGUAGCCUUGUGUAGCUCCUGGCAGAAACAAACUAGACUCAGGCUUAACUUAGGCCCAAGACUCCCAUAGACUAUGAUCAGACAGUAGUUCUUCAUGAUUGUAAGUCAUGAGGUACAAGAUUUACUGAGACAGUAAGAGAAAUAAACUAUAGGGAAAAUACACACUGAAGCCAGUCCUCCCAAGUUCACAACAGCAAUGUAGAGAAUAAAGGACAGAACCAUUGAUGUGGAUAGGAGCCAGGUUUGCUCCUUAGAAUGUGGAGUACAUUCUUUAAAGGAGGAGGGCAGACUGCAGGCUGGUUAAUGGUAGUAGCUGCAGCCGAAGAGCCCAGUGAGGUGGGAAGGUAGAGCAGCAGCGGGAGAAUGUGAGAAGCGAGGGUGGCAGGGUCCUGGAGAACCAGGAGGGCAGAGGGGAAGAGAGGCAGUACUUGAGAUGGCAGGCUUCUCCACACACGGUAGCAAAACAUUUGUAAAUUCAAGAAACCCAGUAUAGCUUAAAUUCGUUUAAAACAAUAAAGUCCAUGAUUUGAUCCAAGUAGUGAACCACGGAUACAAAGCAAGGUUUUAAAAAAGCCAAAGGCAUAUACAGUUCCUCACCUAAGGCAAGUCAGUCACAUGCAGAGUAGACCCCCAGUAGCAACUAUGUACCCAAGACACCGGAAAACUGCCUUCAGAAUUGUGAGUGGAACUGUAAAAGUUGGUGCAAAGCAAAACUCAGAAACAACAGACCUUCAUUAAAGAAACUGAAAAAGGAUGGUUAAUGAGAAAAUUACUCCAAAAGCAAGAUCGGAAAUGAAGUAUUAAUGAACAAAGUGAUUAGUAUUGUAAAUUUCAAGUUGUUUGUAAUCAUAAUGAAAUGUUUAUAGAAAUUGUAAACAGAUGUAAAACUGAAUAAAUAUUGUUAUGCAACAUUAA